ACUAUUCAAUAGCGCUUGAAACAAAGUUGCAUUUUCAGGUUGAACAUACAAGAUGGCGAUGAAGGAAUGGCUGCAGUGGUUGCCGCCGCCGCGGUCGCUGCUGGCACUUCUGCUGUCGGUGGCGGGCUUCAGCGGACGACUGUUUGCUUCACACUUCACACACUCACCGACAUUACUCGUCGACACAUGUCACUCGCUCUGUAGACUUGUAGGACUUAUUACAACCGUUCUAGCAUAUAAGUACGAGAGAGCAGACGAGGGUGCUGGCCGCGAAGGUCGUCUUCGAAACACAUUUGGCUGGGCGCGCAUCGAAGUGGUGGGCCGUUUGUCUGUGCACGUACUGUUCGCGUCGUUCGCGCUCGCGCUGGUUGUGAACGCGCUGCAACUCGGCGUGCAUUCCUCGCACGGUCAGCCUCCGCGCUACCCGAAAGUCAUUGUAGGGAGUGCCGUUAUUGGACUCCUGCUACACGCUAUCAACUAUAUGCUGCUAGCUGGUCGGGAACUCAGCUACAGCAGGAGGCUGAGUAUGACAGAGGGAGGAGGAGUGAUACUCAAGACGGGAGCAGGAGAGCCAAUAUUGGCACACGCUCCCACAGAUAUAGCAAGUAGCUUAUUUGUGAUUGGCGCCGGGCUAACCUUGGAGUGGGCACCGGAAGCAGCCCGUAUCGCAGAUCCAGGCUUGUCAGCUUGCGCUGCUAUUGUCCUUGUCAUCUUUAACUAUCCAUUUAUACGGUCAGCGGGUCUGGUGCUGCUACAGACUGUGCCUGAGGGGCUGGGUGCUUGCGAGCUGCGCACUGCCGCGCUGCGUCUGCCGGGAGUGCUCGCCAUACACGAACUGCACGUGUGGCAACUGCACAGAGACCGACUGGUCGCCACCGCGCAUGUAGUCUACGACGCGCAUAAGAAUUACCUGCACAGCUCUGCACUAGUGUCUGACCUAUUCAAGCGCUAUGGAAUAGGGUUGGUUACUUUGCAACCAGAAUUCGACCUCGUCGAUAUUAUGGGAUCAGAUGAGGAGAAAAAAGCUUGCAUAGACUUAGCAAAUUUAACAUGCGCUAGUCCAUGCGCCAAAGAAUGUGUAGCUCCACGGUGUUGCGCCUCGCCAAGGAAACAGUCAAUUACACGCAUCUAAACAAACCCAGUCUUAACAGAGCGGCUGAAUGACAUUGAUUAAAAAGUGCCUAUUUCAUCUUAUAAAUCGACCCAAUUUCUAUAAAAACAAAUAUCAGUUAUCUACAAAUUAGAAUAAGAACAAAUUACUUCAUUGUGGAAAAUGGAAUUACCGAUUGAAUAGUUAUAAGAAAUUGUUGAAAGCUGUCUUAAAUAAGGUUAGAAAAAGCCUUUUGAUAACCAAAUUUAUUCUUUGUUUGUCUCAGUCUUUAUUCAACGUUGGUUAAACCGUUACCUGCUUUAAGUGCUCAAAACUAAUGGACCCAAUUUUAUGAAAUGUGACGCCGCCAAAGAAGUAUCUGAUCGUUAUAAUUAGAUUAUAAUCUAUAUUAACACAAAUUUAUAAAUGUAGAACAAGAGUGAAAGUGUUAACAACAAGACAGCUACAGAGCUAUCAGUCCUAUCCAAUCAGAGAAAUUUUAAAACUAUUAUUCGUGGAUGAACGACAAGACCCUCUGCCCAGGAACUAUGCGCGUAUUAAACGGGUUUCGUUAUACAUUACCCGAUAGAAAGGAAUAUUGUAACAAAUAAAUAUAACGUUUGUAACAAUGAACUUGAAUUCGCGUCAAAUUCGCCCCUUCUGUUUUAGGGUGACAGAUAAAUGAGCGUGUGGGUCGAGUGUAUUGUUUAUUAAUUUGUUGUUUAACUAUUUUAUAAGUAUUUCUGGUAGAGAAACUCGUGUUCCCUUUUCUACAGUCACCAAAACCAAAAAAAGUUAAUUAUUAUAAGUAAUCCUAUAAGUCUUUUGAAUUAAUAACGCUCAAAUAUAUUUGAUACAUAUAUUUUCUUGAGAAAUGUUGUGAGAAUUCGAAUCUGUAUCCAGCAAUAGGCAAACCUCCGCUGCC